CAGGGGAGGCCACUAAGUUCAGUUCACGUCGUCACUUUUCAUAUUUGUUGUUCGUUUCUUAUGUUUUUAUUAUAAAUCUUUUCAUAGAUCCGCUUAAAUAUUUCAAUGACACGGCAAGCUAAAACUUAUCUGAUAAAUGAAGGUUUUGGUGCUUUCGUCUCUUCGCUCGGAGACUGGAAAUUGUUCAACUGCUCGCCGAAUAAGGGAUGGUUUGACGAAGUGCGACGUUGAGUGUGUAUUGGCUGGAGUGCAUCAGUUUGGUAGCUGCAAUGAUCUUGACGUCUUCAUCAAGUCCAAUCAAAUCCAUUGUGUUGUUGGUAUCCAUGCUUGGAGGGCAGGCUAUUUACUUUGGGAUUGCUCUGUGCCAUACUGCCUUGUGCUUGGUGGAACAGAUGUCAAUGAACACUACAAAGACAGUAGUCACAUGGUUGUCAUGACAACAGCAAUCAAACAGGCAAGAUGUGUUGUUGCAUUCAGUAAACCCAUGUUUAGAAGGGCUGUUGAAUUAUGGCCUGAGUGUGAAGAAAAGACUCUGAUACAGCCACAGGCUGUUUCAGUGAGCCCAUCGAGUGCAUCAUUUCAAGCAAGAUUUAAAAACUUUUGCGAUGAAUCAAAUUGCAACUGCCAGGUGCAGGUUAAAGUAAUCUUUCUUCUUGCUGGUGGAAUGAGACCGGUAAAGGAUGUUACAUUCUUAAUGAGAGCUAUUUCAGAUUGGCAUGAGAGAGACCCAAGAAUCCACUUGUUUAUUAUUGGGCCCGAGUUAGAUGAACGGUAUGCAUCACAGGUCAAGCUGGAAGCCGAAAAAUGUCACGGUGUGGUAUUAGUUCCUGGACUACCAACACCAGAAAUGCAUGCGUGUAUGCGUGAUUCAUUUGCUCUCCUGAACACAUCUCUCAGUGAGGGAAUGGCUACCUCGUUACUUGAGGCUAUGGCACUUGGUGUACCUGUCCUGGCUAGAGACAUUGAAGCGAACUCAGCAAUCAUACACCACAGGAAAACUGGAUUACUUUUCUCGAUACCAGACGAGUUUGUUUCUUUAGCAAGAGAGUUGAUGGUGUCCCCUUCACUGCGAAAGGAGCUGGUUACCCAUGCCAGGAAAUAUGUAGAGAUGACACACUCAUUCAACAAGGAGAAGAGGACUUAUUUCUCAAUAAUACAACAGAUGGUUUCUUUGUGAUUUACCCUUUUACCACCGACAGAAUUAAGGUCACAUAGCUUAUACAGCAUAGACUUGGCCGGGUUCUCUAGAGGCAUUUUGUGGUCAAUAACAUGGCUGGAGGGGGUCGGGGGUGGAGUUUACCCUUUUUUAUCCAUAGAAAGUCUACUUAUUUUUCUGUAAUGAAAAUGAAAUGAAUUAUGUAAUGAAAUGCCAAUUUUGUACAAAGAAAAGACAGAAUAAGUAAUAAAACAAUAUUUAAUAUCGUGCUAUUUCUAAUCAGUAUUUGAAAAACUGUUAUUCUCCUGUACAUUCAAAUCGAUUUCUAAUUUUGAAUAGAAACUGUUACGUAUUGUUACAACAGCAUUGUGCAAUCAAGAAGUCACUUUUAGGGUUGGUUUUAGCUUUUUUUCUAGAACAUUUAAAUUUUUUAUGGAAUGUGAAUGAAUUGAGUUUCAGAAAAAAUUAAGAUAAUUUAUACAAAUUUUGUACAAAGAAAAGACAGAAUGAGUAAUAAAACAAUAUUUAGUUUCUU